AUGACCCAAUUGUCUACCUUUUCUCAAUCUUUUUCGGGCCCAUGCGACUAUAGUAGCAGCAACAAUCCAUCGCCAUGUGUUUACAAGACGCGCCAUUGUACGGGUCAAAUGCAAUGUCAAUAUUGUAUCGCUGCACAACAACAAUCGCACCAUCACGAUUCGUUAUUAUCGAACCAUAGCAGCAAUACCAAACCAUGGCGUGUGGCGUUUUUCCCAGAAUACCAUCAACAACCGCACCAUCAUCAUCCCUAUUAUCAACAACAACGUUACUCAUCCAAGCUUGCCUUUUCAAACAUUCAGCAUGUCCCACGACGUCUUAGUUCUGGUUCAGCAUGCGAGACGUGUCGUCGUCGAAAAACCAAAUGCGAUGGUGGGCAGCCUUGUGCUUAUUGUGCCACCAAUCGUAUCCAAUGUAUCCAUCGACCUACCAAGAAAAGAUCGCAUCAUCAUAUCAGCAAGCAAACAGCGGUCAUGAUGGGAUGGGCGGCGGAUGAUGCAGCUUUAGAAAAGACGACUCGUCAUCGCCAUCAUGAUUCAUUGCCAACAACAACAACAACAACGACACAACACAAGCCGAUCGUGAAACAAACCAGUUGUCCAUCCUUGAAGGUCAUGCCAUGGUCCACAAAUAUCAGAAACAUUUCGCCACCAGCUACCCCACCACCUCCUCCAGCUGAGGGCAAUAUUACUCCAAAGGAGGCAAUGCCUAGCGUAACAGAUCAAUUAUCGUGUAGAACAUUUGCAGCGGUAACGACAGCAGCAGUUGACCACCCUUUGAGCUAUCCAAUCUAUCCUCUUGUUCCGACUACUACCCCACCAUCAUUGGCAAGUCCUGUUACUAGCCAUGGAAGUCCAUGCUCUCAAUGA